GCUGCGCAACAGAGAUUUAAGCCAUUUUCUUAUAGGUAUUAAUAAGUCGGACAAGGCGAAGGGUGCUGUAACAAAGCUGAAAACAUGGAAAGAGCAGAGAGAGAUGGUAGUCUGUCUUUUCUCAACCGACCCCCGACCGGAACUGUUGGUAUCCAUUAUGGUACCAACGGACGAAGGGAUCCCAUUGUCUCAUUGCCUCUUGGACCUGGACACCCAUAUAUCACGUGCUCAGACACAAGAAUUGUCAUCCGACAAGUUGAGCAUAUGCGUGUUAUGGGUACAAACAUUCUGUUGGUCGGCUCUUCACCGAAAAGACCAAGAGGUGUUGUACGCAGACAUGCAUCAAUCUUAUCCAGACAAGGUACGUGAGAUUUCAAUUGAAGGGCCAACCUAUGGUAUCAUGAAACUCGCCGACCUAACAUGGACUGAGUUUUAUUCGAGACCAGACCAGACGGUUUCGAAACGCCCGAGUUCUGUGGUGAAAUUCAUACAGCCGAGUAAGAAGGUUGUACCCAACACGAAUGUACCAGGUAAUGGUCGAGACUCUCAUACGGGAACGAGGAAUAAUAAAGUGAACAAAGGUGGAGGCAGAGGUGGCCAGAAGAACAAGCAUGUACAAG